AUGGCAAACGUGUGGGUCUUGUUGCUGAAGCUACUGCCAGGGCAGACCUUGCUCUUAUUCACCAUGAUCUCCCACACAGGUUCCAAGAAGUGUGCUCUGUUUCUUCUGUGCUGUAUGGGAACCUUGCUGUCUACCUCUACGUUACCCAUCCAACCGACACCGUCACGACAUCUGCAGAGUAUAAUUAAGGAAUUACAGUACACUGCAAAGACAGUUUUGGAGAACUAUCAGAAGGAAGAGAAAGGGGUAACAGAGAGAAGCAGUUACAGGCUGCCUUGUCUGACCUCUGACCCCAAGCCCCCAAACAGCCUCAACAGCUCAGCCAUCCUGACCUACUUCCAGACGAUUCGCCCGCUAAGUCAGAACCAAACUCUCAUCGAUGAGAUCAUCAGACAGCUGGAGAAGCUCUGCUCUCAAGACUUGCCCAAAAUGGAGGUUUCUGUACCUGAACGAUCCUUUGAACGUAAACGCUUCAUCUUUACGAUUUUAAAGCAGUUUUCGAAUUGCAUGGACCAAGUUGUUGGACUCUGGAUACCAAAGUCCAGUUAA